GACAUUUGACGAGAAAAACAGUUUGUUUUAUCGCUGCCGUUUAGUAAAAAGUAUUUAGUUUCUAUAUAAAUGUUUUACAAUAUUUAAAGUGAAUGAAAGGACGAAAUGGAGGGCAUAUUUGAGAAUUCGAAAAGUAAUCCGAGAAUUAUGACUUUCUAUCCUACUUAUGAGCAGUUCAAAAACUUCUCAAAAUUCAUCACUUACAUAGAAUCUAAGGGGGCUCAUUUGGCAGGACUCGCCAAAGUGGUGCCUCCUCGCGAAUGGGUACCACGUAAAUCUGGUUACGACAUUGAUCAUAUUAAUAUGUUAAUACCAAAUCCGAUACUGCAAUUAGUUUCAGGUAAACAAGGACAGUAUCAAGUCAUAAAUAUGCAAAAGCGAUCGAUGACCCUAAAGGACUUUAAAGCAGAAGCAGAAUCACAGAAAUACAGAACACCGGUUCAUUUUGAUCAUGACGAAUUAGAGCGUAAAUAUUGGAAAAACAUAGCUUAUGUUUCUCCACUCUAUGCCGCUGAUGUGAAGGGGUCAUUAAGUGAUAGCGAUCUUGACGUAUGGAAUAUUAGCCGUUUAGGAACAAUAUUAGAUUUUGUCAAUACCGAUUAUGGUAUCGAAAUCGAAGGUGUUAAUACGGCUUAUUUAUAUUUUGGUAUGUGGAAGAGCUCUUUUGCUUGGCAUACUGAAGAUAUGGAUUUAUAUUCAAUAAAUUAUUUACAUUUUGGUGAACCAAAAACAUGGUAUGCCAUUCCACCGGCAUAUGGUAAACGUUUUGAAAAAGUAGCCGCUCAAAUGUUUAAAGAGCAUUACGAUGAUUGUAAUGCACAUUUACGUCAUAAGAUGACAAUGAUUAGUCCAAAAGUUUUGUCUCAUUACAAUAUACCAGUCAACAAAAUUACACAAAUGGCAGGAGAAAUAAUGAUUACGUUCCCAUUUGGAUAUCAUGCGGGUUUCAAUCAUGGUUACAAUGGUGCAGAGUCCACUAAUUUCGCUUCGCCGCGCUGGAUUGAAUAUGGUAAACGUGCAAGAAUUUGCCAUUGUAAUCGAGAUACUGUCAAAAUUUCAAUGGAGACUUUUGUUAGACGUUUUCAAGCAGAACGAUACGAAAACUGGUUAAACGGUGUUGAUUAUGGUUACCAUCCUGAAGAUCCCGGCAAUAUAUGUCGAGCCCCACCACCAACACUAAAUGUUUAUGAAUAUAAAAGUUCCGAAUCUUCAGGUGAUUAUAAGCAAAGCAGAAAAAGAAAGGCUUUCCAAAAAGUUAAUCUGCAAAAUAACACAAAUGUCAGUCUUGCUGAAUUUUCAAAGGAAGCAAUUGUACGCGUACGAAAACUGUCAUAUAACCCGGUAAAUACAGUAGAUUAUAAUGCAAUUUUUAAUGAUCAAAUUGAAAGGUUAUGGAACCAGUUGCCUAGUGAAACUGUUGGUAGAAAUUUAUUAACAAAUGGCAUUAUUAAAAACACAAAUCGUAUGCGUUUUCAUACAAAAACUAUUAUAUUGAGCGAUGAUGAGUGAAAUCCCAAAAUUUCAUUUAACAUUGUAUCUCCCGUUAAAAAGGGACUAUGUAGUGUUUAGCACAGAAUAGUUUUGCUUUUGUUUUAAAAUUUAUUACAAAUAAUUACAGGCUAUUUAGCCUAAGUAAACUUCUUUCGCUAUACCAAAGAUCUCUGUUUUAAACGUAUAUUUAUG